AUGUCGGUCUCAAUCCUUCGAUGGAGAGCCGGACUUGAGGGCCUCUGCGCCGGCCCCCGAUUGCGCGCCCAACGACGCGUGCCCUGGUGUCAACGCCGAGAUGCGUCGACUACCAAGGGUUCCGUCGAGGGAGGCCGGGCAAAGUUGGUUCUCUACGGAAGCGCCAUGGCGGCCUCGCUCUACGUCGCCUACCUCUACGCGACCGACACUCGCUCGUCGGUCCACCGGUGGAUCGUGCCGCGCGUGCUUCGGGCCGCUUUCCCCGACGCCGAAGACGCGCACCACGCCGGCACGAGCUGGAUGAAGUUCCUGCACCAGUUCAACCUCCACAUCCGCGAGCGCGAUCCCUCGCUCGACUGCUCGGAGCUGUCGGCCUCGGUCUUCGGCACGCGGCUGCAGAACCCCAUCGGCAUCUCGGCCGGCCUCGACAAGGAUGGCGAGAUCCCCGACCCGCUCUUCGCCCUGGGCGCCGGCGUCGUCGAGAUCGGCGGCAUCACGCCCCUCCCGCAGGCCGGCAACCCGCAGCCGCGCGUCUUCCGCGUGCCGGCGCUCGACGGCAUGGUGAACCGGUACGGUCUCAACUCGCAGGGUGCCGACAGCGUCGCCAUCCGGCUCCGCGACCGCGUCCGCCGCUUCGCCCGCUCGCUCGACCUCACCGAGGCCGCCGUCCUCGACGGCGAGGCCGGCGUGCCCCCGGGCAGCCUGCAGUCGGGCCGGCUGCUGGCGGUGCAGAUGGCCAAGAACAAGGAGACGGACGAACGGGACGAGAAGGCGGUGGCGGCCGACUACGUCUACUGCGUCCGGAGGCUGGCGCCCUACGCCGACGUGCUCGUCGUCAACGUCAGCAGCCCCAACACGCCCGGGCUGCGCGAUCUGCAGGCGACGGAGCCCCUGACGCGGCUGCUGAGCGCCGUCGUCGACGAGGCGGCCCGCGCCGACAGGAAGACGCGGCCGCGGGUCAUGGUCAAGGUGUCGCCCGACGAGGAGGAGCAGACGCAGCUCGAGGGCAUCGUCCAGGCCGUCCAGGCGAGCGGCGUGGACGGCAUCAUCGUCGGAAACACGACCAAGAGACGGACCGGCCUGGUGCCGCGGGGCGUCGAGCUGACGUCGAGGGAGCGGUCCGCCCUGAUGGAGACGGGCGGCUACUCGGGGCCGGCCAUGUUCGACCGCACGCUCGACCUCGUCGGCCGGUACCGUCGGCUGCUCGACUCUCCCCAGUUCUCCGGAAGGGAGGGCGGACGCAAAGUCCUCUUCGCCACGGGGGGCAUCACCAACGGCGAGCAGGCCUUGCAGGUUCUGAACGCAGGCGCCAGCGUCGCCAUGGUGUACACGGGGCUCGUCUACGGCGGCGCCGGCACGGUGACGAGGAUCAAACGCGAGAUGAGGGAUCAGCUAUCGCCGUCGAGCGCAUGA